AUGUCUGACCGGCACAACAUCUGGCGUAAGCUAGAACGCUUCAGAGGACAAUCCCCAUCAACCAUCUUCAAAACCGCACUCGUGCGCCUACCGCGAGCCGUACCCAUCGAGACGCUUCGAAUAACGAAUCCCUUAGGACCUCAACCAUUCCUUCUCGACUUGCCCUCGAGGGAACGAGGACGAUCUAUCCCUCUGUAUAUCUUUGUGCCUCCAGUCAGGUUCCCCAACCCUGGAUCAGCGAACCAUGCUCCAACACCGGACAACUUUCCUGUCGUUGUUGACUUCCAUGGUGGAGGCUUCUAUCUUGGCAGCUGCCUUGAGCAGGCACCGUUUUGCGGACGCCUUUCCCGAGAGUUGGGCGCUGUUGUGAUCAGUGUGGACUAUCGUAUGGCUCCUGCAGACAAAUUUCCUGCUGCCAUCGAGGAUGCUGAAGAUGUAUCCUUUGCGCUCCUCAAUCGUUCACAUGCGGGCUACGAGGUCCUCAGAAGAGGCAUAGCCGAGCACCUCCAGGACAAAUGGUUCCAAAAACUCGGUCCGAAGGAAGAGCGAGAGGAAGGCAAGAUCCCUCUGCCACCUCUACCAGAGAUCAGCUUAGAUGCGUCACGCAUUGCGUUCAGCGGGGCAAGUAGUGGAGGCAAUAUCGCACUGAACAUGGCUCUCAGUGUGCCAGCAAGCUUAGGCCUCCCGGCAUGGCCAUCACCCAUCCCGGAUGAAUACGCUACGCCUAUACCGCUGCUGCUUCUCUAUCCAAGCCUCGACCUCCGUCAAUUGCCCAGCGAGCGCUUUCGGCAUGAGCGCAUGCCGCCUGUGAAAGAGCAUAAACGCCUCGAUAUCGACGACCAUUUGGCCGCCACCUACGUCAGCCGUGAGAUGGCCGCCCAUCCGCGUGCCUCUCCUGGCCUGGUAGAUACCAGUGUUGGCCUGGACAAGAAUGCCAAAAUCCUGCUGAUCCUCUCAGGUCUGGACACGCUCUGGGAGCAGAGUGAGAUUUGGUGCAAGAAGGUCACAGCAGAAGGCAGGGGAGAGGACAUGAAAACCAUGCGGUACGAGGAGAGGAAACAUGGUUGGACGACUAUUCCGGAGAUUGCGCUAUCUUCUGAAGAGCGCAAAACACGCCUUGAAGUGCUCGAGGAGUGUAUCCGCUUCACCAAGGUCACCUGGCAAGGCCGCGACCCGGUCGCUGUGAUGAACAGAGAGUUCGGCAGUCGUAUCGAAGGAACAAGACUUCCCGAGCAUGAUUCACGGGAUGCAGGAACAGAUGGCCGUGAGCUUGCUGAGUUGAUUGAUAUGGGCUUUCCUGCGGUUGAGGCGCAAUUUGCUCUCAGAGAGAACGAUGGCAAUGUUCAAGAAUCGGUUGACUGGCUUUUGGGGAGAAGAGACGCUGAUGGCGAUAGAACUCCGAAAGAAAGCAAAACUUAG